CGCAGCGCAUUUACAGCCACGAGGUCCCGUCCUGCCCCAUCUGCCUCUACCCGCCGUUGACGGCCCGCAUCACCCGCUGCGGGCACAUUUUCUGCUGGCCGUGUAUGCUGCACUACAUUUCCCUGAGCGACAAGAGCUGGUCCAAGUGUCCGAUCUGCUACGAGUCGGUGCACCUCGCUGACCUCAAGAGCGUGGUAGCCAUGGAGACCAGGCAGUACGCAGUCGGUGAUGUCAUCACCAUGCACCUGAUGCGCAGAGAAAAGGGGAGUCUGGUGGCCCUGCCUAGCUCCCAGUGGGUGAAGGUGGAGGAGACCGUGUAUUUUGGAGGUGAGAGGAGGAGGAGAUCAUGUUUUUUAGUUGUUUCUAUGAGGAUUGGUACCAAACUGAACACGUGUGUUUCCUAGAUUCAAGUCUCGGCCCCAACUCCAAGCUGCUGCUGGCC